UGCCAUCGCCAACAAUCUCCCCACUUGAGCCCAGCCAUCCUCAGUGGCUCGACGGCUGCCCACUUCACUUCCUCUCUUCACCCAUCCAACAAUGAAAGGCGAAUAUAUCCCUCUCCCGACCAGCGAGCUCGAGCGCGACGAGGUCGUGCAGCCUCGCACCGUGUGGAAGUGGGCACUACCCUUCCUGGCGCUAUUCGCAGUGGUAGCCGUCAUCGCGGCCACAAGCCCAAUGGGAUGCCGCAAGGACGGCGGCGUCAAGAGCCUCAAGGUGCCGGGCUAUGCCCACCUCCUUGGGGGCGAGAUCGACAACUUUGACGUGGACGAUGAUGACUACCGCCCGCACCACCAUGGGCACAAGCAGCACGGCCACAAGAGCAGCGCAAUCGAGUACACCUCUGCUACCUUAGCCGCUGCACUCAAAGAGGCUGCCUGUCCCGCCCAGCCGAAGCCGCUGAAUGUUGGCCCCGAGUGGAACCCAGAGGAGGACGAGGAGUUUGCGCGCAAGGCUGCGGAGCGCCUGUCCAAGGCGGUCCAGAUCAACACUGUAUCGACGGACGACCUCCCUGCCGACCCGACCGACCCACGCUUCGACGGCCACUACAAGUUUGCGGAGUACCUUGAGUCUGAGUAUCCCAGCAUCUAUGAGCACCUAGAGCACGAGAUCAUCAACACUCACGGCCACCUCUUCACGUGGAAGGGUGCGAAUGAGAACCUCAAGCCUAUCUUCCUAAUGGCGCAUGUUGACACUGUGCCCGUUAAUCCCGAAACGGAGGACCAGUGGACAUUCCCGCCAUGGAGCGGUGAGAUCAGUCACGAUGCGACGCCUGAAACUCCUGGCACAUGGAUCUGGGGCCGUGGAUCGAGCGACUGCAAGAACUCGCUCGUCGGCAUCCUCCACUCUGUGGAAAAGCUUGUGGGCGAGGGCUUCACACCCGGCCGUACGGUGCUCAUUGGAUAUGGCUUUGACGAGGAGAUUGGCGGUGCUCGUGGCGCGCUCAAGAUCAAGGAGGUCGUCGAGGACCGGUAUGGCGCAGACGGCAUCGCCUUCAUCAUCGACGAAGGCUUCUCCGGCGUUGCCGAGGACUAUGGUGUCAAGGUCGCUUCCCUCGGCAUGGCCGAGAAGGGCUCGGUAAGCGUCAAGCUCACUAUCGACACGCCUGGCGGUCACUCGUCCGUCCCCCCCGUUCACACUGGCAUCGGCUACCUGGCUCGCUUCCUCUCUGCCCUCGAGAACCACCCGUACGAGCCCGAGAUGAAGGCGCAGUCGCCUUACCUCAAGUACAUGUCGUGUCUCGCUGAGCACGCGCCCAAGUUCCCCAAGAGCGUAGCGCGCCGUGUCAAGAACCCCAAGAAGUGGCCUAAGCUCGCUAAGGACCUCGCCAAGAGUGACCGCGUGCUCAACUCCUUCCUCUCGACCACGACCGCGAUCGACCUCAUCAAGGGUGGCGUCAAGGUGAACGCACUCCCGGAGAAGGUUGAGGCCACGGUCAACCACCGAAUCUCGUUCGUUUCGUCUGUCAACGCCACGCUGCAGCACUACGUGGACCUUCUCACGCCCCUGGCGGACACGUACGGCUUUAGCAGCACGAUCUUCGGUGCCGACCACGGCAAGAAGGGCAGCAAACAUCUUACGGCUGAGAUCGUGGGAAACGAACACAAACAUGGCCUGGAGCCUGCGCCUAUCACGCCAGGCGACAGCGAUGCCUUCGCGUUCAUUGCCGGCACCGUGAAGGCGGUGUUUGGUGAGAAGACCGUCGUUGCCCCCACUGGCAUGUUUGCCAACACGGACACGGCGCGCACAUGGUCGCUCACAAAGCACAUUUACCGCUGGACGCCAAGUGACCUCAAAGAGGCAGCCGGCAUCCAUACUGUAAACGAGCGCAUCAGUCUCCACGGACACCUUACCACUACCGCGUUCUACUACAAGCUGCUGCGCAACACCGAGGGGUGGGAGAAGUAGUAGAGAUAUAGAAUCAGAAGGUGAACGUGGCGGUCAUCAAGGAUUACAUCCAUUGCAGUGCUGAGGCAUGGAAGUGAUAAGAAGGAUGCAUUGAUCUGCAUGGAUCGA